AUGACAAGGAUACAGGCCAGAACUGAAACAGAGGCACAAGUUCGGACGGCAAUAUCUAUUGAAUGGAGUUGCGCCGCAGUCAAAUUGUUUCGGGGGACUUGGACCGCGGAGGUGUCCAUUGACACGGGCUCUUAUGCCAGUAAAUUGGCAAUCGGGCCACGAAACGAGCAUCGCCUUCAACGAGGGAAUAUAAAACUGGGCCUUGAAGAAUCCAUGGCGAUACCCUAUCGCUCUAGGACCAUCAUGGAACCUGGAAUAUUGAGAUCAUGGAGGAAAGAGUUGCGGCAGAAUCAGCUCCGAGGAGUUCCUGGGCGCAAUGUCACCAUUGCAACCGGAAAACAGAAUGAUUUCGGGCAAAGCAUCCAGCAAGCAAGCUGCUAUUUUGAUCAUCCUCAGCAUCAAUCAGUGAUCGAAACUCAUCGAGAAGGAGAACAUUGGAAGCUCAAAGCGGUAGACGAGGUUGGUGAAAGGACAAGGUUGGAUAGGGCUAAGCAGCAGUUUGGUCUUGGCUGA